AUGAAGGCCUUUGCUUUCCUCACGCUGGCCGGCGCCGCCGUCGCCGACCUCGUGACGACCGGCGCCUCGCUCAAGCUCGACGAUGUGUACUACUUCGUCUCCCCCUUCUCCCAGGGCAAACCCUCCAACGCCUCGCUGGACCUCAAGACCCUGCCGCGCGCCUUCGGCUUCACUCCCAUCACCGUCGUCGCCGAUGCCGUGGCCACACACGACCUGACAAGCCUCUUCAGCAACUGGACAGCCCAGGACGAUGUCUGGCAGCCCGCCUUCCUCAACGCCAUCUUCCUCGCGGGAGCCGGUCCCAAGUCUACAUACGCUCGCGGCAACACCACCUCCGCCGUCCUCCCGCUAUCCAAGCUCGCCUCGAUCCCGUCCGGCCCCUACUUCCUCGACACCACCACCGGUGAGGUCCACCAGGCCUUCCGCCUAUACCCCGACUUCGCCGGCGCCUUCUCCGAGUCCCUUCUCCAAACGCCAGACGGCACCUUCCAGACCCUCUCCGCGCAGGUCCCCGCCUCCGCAUCGCUGACCGUCGGCGUCCCCUCGCGGCUGCACUUCACACCCACACCCGAGAAGCCCCUCGCCGGCGUCCGCGUCGGCGUCAAGGACAUCUACUCCCUCGCCGGCGUCAAGGGCUCCAACGGCAACCGCGCGUGGUACGGCCUCUACCCGCCCGCCGCCAAGACCGGCACCGCCAUCCAGAACCUCAUCGACGCCGGCGCCGUCGUCGUCGGCUUCCAGAAGCCCAGCCAGUUCGCCAACGGCGAGACCGCCACCGCCGACUGGGUCGACUACCACGCGCCCUUCAACCCGCGCGGCGACGGCUACAACGACCCCUCGUCGAGCUCCUCGGGCGCCGGCGCGAGCGUCGCCAGCUACGAGUGGCUCGACAUCGCCGUCGGCAGCGACACCGGCGGCUCCAUCCGCGGGCCGUCGGGCGUGCAGGGCUUGUUCGGCAACCGGCCGUCGCACGACCUCGUGAGCCUGGACGAGGUGAUGCCGCUCUCGCCGACGCUGGACACGCCUGGCUUCCUGACGCGGGACCCGCGCAUCUGGGACGCGGCGCAGAAGGCGCUUUACAGGGACAACUACACGUCCUUCGCGGGGGCGGAGGUGGUGUACCCCAAAACGGUGUAUACCCUCGGCUUCCCCUCGGACGAGACCCCCGCGGGCCAGAUGCUGAACAAGUUCGCGGCGAGCCUGGCGGCUUUCCUGGACACGAACGUGACCGAGUUCAACUUGACGGAGGCGUGGGCUUCGUCGGGGCCGGAGAGCGUUAAGGGGUUGAGUCUGACGGAGGUGCUGGGCGCAACGUAUGCCACGCUCAUCACCAAGGAGCAGACUGCCCUUGUCAGGGACCCGUUUUACGCGGAUUACGCUGCCGCCCACGACGGCCGCCGCCCCUUCGUCAACCCCGUCCCCCUCGCCCGCUGGGCCUGGGGCGACACGCAGCCCGCCUCCGCGCUCGACGACGCCAAGGCGAACAAGACGCUCUUCAUGGACUGGUUCAACACGGCGGUCCUCGCCCCGACCCCUUCCUCGUGCUCCUCCGGGUUCCUGCUCUACGUCGGCAGCGCCGGCGCCGCGAGCCCGCGCAACGCGUACCUCGAGGCGCCGAGCACGCCGCCGCUGGGGUUCAGUAACGGCCGGCUGUCGGUGUUCAGCGGCGCGCCUGAUCAUGUGUUUCCGGUGGGCCAGGUGGGCAGCGUGAGCGCGGUGACGAAUCACACGGAGAUGCUGCCUGUGACGGUGGACGUUAUGGCGGCGAGGGGGUGUGAUGGGCUUAUUGCGAGGCUGGCGCUGGAUUUGGUGGAGGAGGGGUUGGUGGUUGUGCCGCAGGUUGGGGCGGGGUUGGAUGGCGGGGAGAUUCUGAUGAGGAGGGAUGUGGAGGAGUGGGUUUAG